CGGCGGCGGCGGCAGCAGCAGCAUCAAAGAGCCUCGAUUCCUGCUGCCCUGGGAGCCAUGCGCCGCGGUCUGUAAUGUCAGCGGAACAGGAGAAGGACCCCAUCGCGCUGAAGAGAUCCCGAGGUGGUGACAGUGGAUUGGAUGGGUUAGGAGGACCAGGAGUACAACUUGGAAGCCCUGAUAAGAAAAAGCGCAAAGCAAACACACAGGGAUCAUCAUUUCCUCCUCCAUCUGAGUAUGCUCCACCGCCGAAUCCAAGCUCUGACCACCUUAUAGCUGCAAAUCCUUUUGAUGACAACUAUAAUACUGUGUCUUAUAAACCACUUCCUUCAGGAAAUCCAUAUUUUAGUAAUCCUGGUUAUCCUGGCUUUGGAGGCUAUAACACUUUCAGAAUGCCACCUCACAUGCUGCCCAGAGUGUCCUCACCAUAUGGUGGUUCUUACUCCCUCAGAAACCAGCCACAUCCCCUUCCUCAAAACCCAGUGGGAAUGGGUUUUAGUCGGCCCCACUCUUUCAGCUUUGGUCCACACGAUAACCCAGGUUUUGGGAAUCAACCACCUUAUAGCAGUGGUCAGAUAAAUCAAAAUGUCAGUAUGCCUGGUCAGCAUUUCAGACCAAAUCCUGGUGAGAACUUUGGCCAUUCUGGUCAGAUACCUCACCCUGACGUGCCGUCUAACUUUGGUCCUGGAAACAAUCCAAAUUUCCCAAAUUCUCAGCUAGAGUCAAGCCAUUCUUUUGUUCCUCCACCGAACACUUACAACCAGACAAAAUCAUCAGCACAAAAGCAAGACUUCAGUCAAGGUGCAAGCAAAGCAUCCAACGAGAACACUACUGCUCAUCAGCAUCAUCACAGGCCAGAGGACAUUGUGAGUCAAGGUAACAGCGACCUAAAAAAUGUUAAUCGAAACAAUGUGGUAAACCAAGAUAAUAGCCAUUCUAAUAGUGCUGAUAACACUAAUGCUGGUCACUCAAAUGGGACUCAGAGUAAGUCCCGCCAGCCUCGAGGUGCUGCUGAAGCAUGCAACUCUGAAAAGAGCAGCAAAACACCCCUUCACCCCAGUCGUCAUGGUCACUCAUCCUCUGAACCUGUCUAUCCAUGUGGAAUUUGCACACAUGAAGUCAAUGAUGACCAGGAUGCCAUCCUGUGUGAAGCCUCUUGUCAAAAAUGGUUUCAUCGGAUCUGUACAGGUAUGACUGAAUCAGCUUAUGGCCUUCUUACAGCAGAAGCAUCAGCAGUAUGGGGUUGUGAUACUUGCAUGGCUGACAAAGAUGUCCAGUUAAUGCGUACAAGAGAGACUGCAGGGCCACCUGCACUGAAUACGGAUGGCUAACAGCGUGAAUUGGUGGUAGUGGUUGAAAUACUUGCUGUGAAGAUUUGGUUACAAAUUGGGUACUUCACUUUCUGCAGACAAUCGGUUGUGUUUAGUUGCUGUCAUCUUACCUGUUUUCAUUUAUAAACUUCCAUCCCAGCUUUUGUACUCUUAGUUUUGUGCGUGCAAAAAUGUUUUACAGGAUGGAUUUUUUGUUUCUGAUUAAACUGUAAAAUGUAACUGACAACUGAUCAUAAGUAGUAUGUGCAUUGACAGUUUUAUUGAAGGCAAAAGUGCUUGUAUGAAUAGCCCCUAAUCUGUAGUGUUAAUUUGUUAACUAACGCUGGCAUUUAGUGCUCAGUUUUAAUGGUACUGUAUUUGCAAGUACUCAUUACAUUUUAUUUUUUGGGAGUGAAUGUCCAUUAUGGAUGUUCUCUCUAUCCUUUCUUUGAAUAUAGUGGAGAUGACAUGGAGGAAUGCGCAGUAUUAACAGUUUUUGGUUUGAGGUAAAUACAGAGAUUUUCACAUCUGCUUUUUCCUGGUUUUGAAAUAACAUAGUAUUCAAAAGCUGAUGACUUCAUGCUUAGUAACAUAAGGAAACCUGCUAACUCUCUAAUACAAAGGCAUUUAUAUUUCCUUGAAAGGUCAAUUGUUUCUCUGACUUCUCAGUAAAUGCUUGCUGAGGACUCUCACUAGGUCUUGCAGUAUUUGGAAAUAGUUACGAAAUAUGAUGAGUACAUUGGAGAAAGAACACAUCAAGUUUAUGAAGUCCAGUGCUUUAAAUCUAGAGAAUACCAAACCUAGGGUUGCAUAUGUAACCUUAAUUAAUUUCUCUUAAGCACAUACAUUAGGAUAUAGUCUCUGCAUCUGUCAUGGUUGUGCAAUCAUGCAUUUCUCUCAUCUUUUCUUGUUGAUGGUUCUACUCUCUGCCUCAGUGCUGCCUGAGAAUUGUGAAUGAACUAGUGCAGGGAAAGCCCAACUCAUCUUCAAGGACUUUCAGCUAGUGCCUGCUCAGUCGUCCUGAGCUUGCACAGUCCACUUGACAUAAAGGAGCGCGCAAGGCAAUGGAGUGUGCACAGCACAGGCUCUGCAUUAAAAGGUAAUGUGUCCAGCAAAGUAAAACUGAAUUCCUGCCACUGCCUCAGCCAGUCUUGCAGUGAGGUGAUGAGGAAAAAUAAAGCUUUUGCAUUAGGUGAGUUUACCUUGUGUCAGGAGCAGGUAAUCAGAGGUUUAGCUUCUUCGCUAAACUUUAUGAACAAGUAUGAAUGGCACUAGAGCUUCAUGUGUGAUACUGGCAAUUAUAUUUUAAUAUGGGUAAUUUAAUCUUAUUCUUGAUCUCAAAACAAUUUUUUUUUUCAUGUGGGGAAACAUCCACCCUGGAAGAUUUCAGCCUUAGCAGUGUGAUACAGCUGCAUACACAACUGAAAAUCAGUGCUUCUAUAGAGAUAAGUGUGAUUUUAACGUAAUAAAAGGUAGUACUGUAAUAACAGACUCUGCUUGUAAUACCCCUGUGCUGGAAACUUUUAGUUUUUAAACAGUUAGCAGUUAAGUCAUAUGUCAGGCUCUACAGGUAUUAGUCAUGUUCCUUAAUGUGAUAAAUUGUUCAGGUUUGUGGUGAUGAGUGAUGUAGGAGCCUCUGUAGAAUACAGUCAUCUGUACAAAGAGGUAGGUUUUAUGGUAAGCUAUGCUAAUAAGUGAAAAGUGAGGCCUGUUUGCUAGUUCACCAUUGCAUUUGGUUUUUAAAUGGGCUCUACUGUCGUAGCUUUCUAGAAGAUACUGUGCUGAUCCACGUAACUGCCCUUGUUUUACUUUAAAAGUGAAAAGUUUUAUAUGCUCUUUUACCAGAGUGCAAAUUUCCCUCUUUUUUUGUCUUGCCUCUCAUUAGGAAAAAGGCAAUAAUGUUUCAAGUGUAAAGGACAGAAUUCAUACCUUGAGGAUUUCCUGUAUAGAGAUGUAAAGAAAGUGUAAGGCAGACCCAGGGUUCCUGCUUUCAUCACCAUUUGCUUUAUUUAGUACAGAGACUAAAUUUUGUUGUUAGAGGUGGGAUAUUUAAAAACAAGCAACAAAAAAAACAUCAAGCAUCUACAAGCAACAAUCUAACCUCUGUUAGGUUUAUUCUUCAGUAGCUUUCCUAAUGACUGAUUGACUGUUAGAAUUUACUUUUUGUACCUACAGUAGAUAUUAAACCAAACCUUGUUUAGAUAGAUUUGUUCCUCUGGGACUCAAUUUAAUCUCUGCAAAAAAUUGCACUCUGAAGAGAGUGGAGCUGGUUUAGACCUACAGCAAUGUAAAUGAAAUAAAAGCAUUGCACUCAGUGAAAAUUCAACACAAGCUCCAAUGACGCUGUUGUUACUCAGUGUGCUGUUCGCAAUACCUUCCCGUCUCCCAUACCCCAUUCCUGUUGGGGGAAGGUGUUUGGAGCAUUUGUUCCCAGAAAUCCAGUUAAUGUUGUAACAUUUUGGAUCAGACAUUGUAUUUAAAAUAACCAUGUAUUUCUUAACCUCUUCCUGAACUCUACAUGAAGUUAGGCAAGUGUUUUCUGUGGUAGGUAGCAAGGCAUUGGGAUUUAAAUGUAAUGUUCUGACAAAAUCAAUUGGAAUAUCAUCUUAAAAGGCCUUAAAUUGUGUAUUUGUGAAACUAACAGUUUAUUUCAGUUUUUCUGAACUGGUACUAUGUUGGGUUUGUAACCCAGUAAAUUUUCUGUGUUUAUUAACCUGUAAAUACACAAGGCAUUAGCAAAUGCCAGUUACACAAAAUAAAAACAAAUUAAAAACAAACCCAGACUUGUUACUACACUGAUGACAGAGAUAUGACUGAUCAGGAUCUCUGAAAGUCAUCCAGCCAAUAUGCUUGCCCUGCUGAUGUGUGCUUGGCAUACCUGGACUCUGUCUAGUGAGAGGAUUAUACUUUGUUUCUCUCUGCAUGUAUUUACUAGUAGUAGUUCAAGUAUGCACAGGAAAAACAACAAUCAUGUUUUGUUAGUAAGGUGCUAGGAAAAUGUCAGCUGAUUAGAAUUAGACAUUAGUUAUA